AUGGGUGAUUAUAGAAUGGAUCUUGAUGAUCAAAUAGAAAAACCCGGGAUAGAUCCAAGACAAUAUGAUGAUGAAUAUCAACAAGAUAGAGAUGAAUCAAUUCCAUUUGAUAUUGAUAUGGAAGAUAUAGAAUUAGGUAAUGAAUCAGUACAAAAUCAAUUAGAAUCAAAUAUUAAUAAAGUUGAUGAAUUAUCAAGUUUUUCAAAUAUAACAACAACAAUUGAUGAUGGUAUAAUUGAAGAAUUUACACCACCAGAAAAUUUUUCUCCUGUGAUUGGUAGGAUAUAUAGAUCAAGUUUUCCCCGUGUGGAAAAUUUUAAAUUUUUACAAAAAUUAAAAUUAAAAUCAAUAUUAGUGUUAGUUCCUGAUGAAUAUCCAAAAGAAAAUUUAGAAUUUUUAGAGAAACAAGGUAUAAAUUUUUUUCAAGUUGGAUUAAGUGGUAAUAAAGAACCAUUUGUUAAUGUUCCACAUGAUUUAAUUACAAAAGCAUUAAAUAUUGUUAUUGAUCCACAAAAUCAUCCAAUUUUAAUUCAUUGUAAUCGUGGGAAACAUAGAACUGGAUGUCUUGUUGGUUGUAUUAGAAGAUUACAAGGAUGGAGUUUAACAAUGAUUUUUGAUGAAUAUAGAAGAUUUGCAUCACCAAAAGCAAGACCUUUAGAUCAACAAUUUAUUGAAAUGUAUGGAGAGGAAGAAAUUGUUGAAAUUGCUACAGAAAAAGGUUGGUUACCAUUAAAAUGGUGA